GGCUCAGGUUUGUAUAAAGACGCACACCUCACUUCGGUCGGUAUUUUUAUAAGAGAAUCACCGCCAUAUUAGAAAAAAAGGUUAAGAUAUUUUAUCUUUAAUUUCCCGCAAGAUGAGUGUUAAAGAAACACGUCUGUUUUGUUUUAAAUUGGUAAUCUUAGUGAUGGCAGUCUUGGCAAUUAUGAGAUCAGGACGGAUUAAUCUGCUUAAGGAAACUUCGCAUUGGGAAAAUAUAAAUUAUAUAGACAUAAUGCCAAAACUGAAUAGAGACAAGGUGGACUUUAACGAUAGAACGUUGGUAUCUAUCGUGCAGAAAUAUUAUGCACAACCUCCGUCAGUGCUGCCGUACAACCUUUCUAAUCCUGAAAUACGGAAUCCGUCACCCGGGCAAACAAAGUUUAUAGACGAGUAUUUGAAUCAAAAGCGAAAUGGAUUUUAUAUCGACUGUGGAGCUUUCGAUGGAGAACAUUUAUCAAACAGUUUGUUCCUUGAACGGUACCGCAACUGGACUGGGAUUCUUAUUGAGCCUAACCCGACAAUCUACCGUCUGCUGCGACAGAAACACAGAAAAGCAUAUUCUCUCAACGCCUGUCUUUCUACAAAACAAUAUCCUUCACUUGAAACAUUUUACACCGGAAGGGUGCCUGUUCUAGGAAAGGUUGUUGACGAUCGAUAUAAAAAGAAAAACAGUGCAGAAAAACUGAUCGAGGUGCAAUGUUUCCCCCUUUAUACAAUAUUGCUAGCAAUUGGCCAGACGGACAUAGAUUAUUUCAGCCUGGAUGUUGAAGGCGCAGAGCGUGGUGUACUUGAUACAAUACCAUGGGAUAAACUUAAUAUUAAAAUGUUCUCAAUAGAGUACAACAAAUGGGAUGGAGGAAAACCGGAUUUGAAACGUUACAUGGAAACAAAAGGAUACGAUUUUGUGAAAGAAAUUGUGGGAGUAAGCACUGCUCCUGAUUUCAUAUUUGAGAAAAGGAAACUCUAAUAAUUAACACAAUUUAAACCUAAAACUGAAAUGCCAGUAAUGUAAUUCACUGUAAUUAGGUAGUGUAGGUCCACGCUUCCGUAGUACUGAUACAACUUUAACCUACAAGUGAAAGGUCAGUAAUGUUAUACAUUGUAAACAGGAACCGUAAUAGGUCAACACUUCACUGGCACCAGACCAGAAAGAAUGCCUCAGAGUCUGUACAUGUGAUAUCCUGCCCCUAGGUAUUCUAUAAGAACUAUGAUCAUGAACGGGAAAGUGCACUUACCCAUUUCAAUCGUACAUUUCUCGCCUAAAACGCGCAGUUCGGUGAAUGGGUACAUAGCAUAUUGCACAAGUGAUAAUUUAUCUGCCAUCGUGCACCAGUCACAUUGUCUCAAUAUUUCAUAUUGCAGAGAUACUCCACUUGUUUUAUCCUUUCGUCAACGUCACAGAAAUGUUUGCGUGAACUUCCCUAAUGAACAGCCAGCCUAGUAUUGUGCACAUGUUAGGCGAAAUGUAAACAAACAAAAACGCAAUUCAAAUAUUCACAGUUUAACAAUAAAACUCGAAAUGAUGAAUGAAAUUCAUCUUAGAUAUGAUUUUGAAUUUGAAGUAAGACAUUGGUAUACAUCUGUUCUGUUUAUUUAAUUCAUUUUGCACAUUUAUGGUGCAUAUAGAUCUACAUAUUUUAACGUACACGUGAAGUUAAACGAUGACUGGCAUACAUUUUCCCACCGGCCAGUCAGAAUGGUUUUAUAAUCUAGAUCGGAACUUCACCAGGAAAGUUCAACAUUGAAAAAGUAUAAACUACGCGUUGUUUCUCUAAGAUAAGAAAUAUUGAAGAAUUGUGACCGAUACACAAUGAAAGAUAAAUUACCACUUGUUCAAUAUCCAUUAUACACAUUUACCUAAAUGUGUGUUUUUGAUAUGAAAUGCACGAUUGAAAUGGGUUAGUAUAUUUCCCGUUCAUGACCAUAUGGUACCUAGGGAUAGGGUAUAACAUGUACAGAGGAGUUUACCUUAUGGUCUGGUGCUAGUGCCAGGCUUGAAACCGCAGUACUUAUUCAAUUUCUGUGAGAAGAAACUCUAAUAAUUAACACAACUUAAACCUAAAAGUGAUAGUAAAAGUGUCAGUAAUGUUAUACAUUAUAAAUAGGAAGCGUAAUAGGUCCUCGCUUCCGUAGUACUGAUUUUAUUUUUGUGAGAAGAAACUCUAAUAAUUAACACAACUGAAACCUAAAGUGAUAGGUCAAUAAUGUUAUACAU